AUGGACGUCUCAAACAACCGUCUUUUCCGCUGGUCUAAGCCAGAAUGGCUUAACAACUCCGCCGUGCGCAACGCAGGCGUCUACACCUCCGGCGCACUGUUCUCCCUGGGUUUCUUCUUCCUCAUCGACGCCGCCGCUUUCUCGCACAGCGCCCGCAACGGCUCCUUCGUGCACGUCAAGUUCGUCGACUGGAUUCCCGGUAUCUGCUCCGCGCUCGGAAUGCUCGUUAUCAAUUCGAUUGAGAAGUCGCGUCUUCAUGCCGAUAGCUUCAGUUAUAGUGGGAGUGGGGUCGCGUGGAAGGCGAGGUUUGUGCUGUUCUUGGGAUUUGCGUUGCUCGCGGGUGGAUUGGCUGGGAGUGUGACGGUCAUGGUACUCAAGUACCUGAUCCAGGGAUAUCCCCUUCCGACACUUUACUUUGGUAUUGCGAACGUUAUUGCGAAUGGACUGGUUAUGCUGAGCACCAUCGUCCUAUGGAUCUCCCAGAAUAUAGAAGACGAUUACACCUACAACCUUGCUCUGUGA